GGCAUGUGAGAACGGCAGAGGAGCCAUCCUCCUGUCUGUGGCCAGGGGAAAGGUGUCUGAAGGAAUUGAUUUCGUGCAUCAUUUUGGCCGAGCAGUCAUCAUGUUUGGAGUGCCUUAUGUUUACACGCAGAGCCGCAUCCUGAAGGCUCGUCUGGAGUACCUUCGGGAUCAGUUUCAGAUCAGAGAGAAUGACUUUCUGACGUUUGACGCCAUGCGUCACGCGGCCCAGUGUGUGGGAAGAGCCAUCAGGGGAAAGACCGACUACGGACUCAUGAUUUUUGCUGACAAGCGUUACGCCCGAGCAGACAAACGUGGGAAGCUUCCUCGCUGGAUUCAGGAGCACAUCAGUGACGGCAGUCUGAACCUCACCGUGGACGAGGCCGUCCAGCUGUCCAAACACUUCCUGCGGCAAAUGGCUCAGCCUUUCAGACAGGAGGACCAGCUGGGUCUGUCUCUUUUAACUCUUGAGCAGCUGGAGUCGGAGGAAAUGCUGCAAAAAAUCAAUCAGAUUGCCCAUCAGACCUGAAGGUGACAUACACUGAGUAAUGUUAUCACAAUGGCAACGCCCAUGAUGGUGUCAGCAACUCUUAGAAUGACUGUGUGAUGAUUAGACCUGAUCCAACAAGAUUUAAUUUUAACCUAUAGAGUCCCUUCCCUUCCGGUGGACCACUAUGGGACCUUAUUUUGAAAGAAAUAUGUACAGUAGUCGAUAUUAUAGAUAUUAUCGCUAAACAAAAUAAAACUUAAAACUUAAUUCUCUGUUAGAAGCUCUCCUUCUCUAUGUAGUAAACUCCACAUAUCUGGUAAACAAACCAUGACAAGUAUUUAAAUCACAUGCUGGCCCAGGUCUGGUGAUUACAAUAAUGAUUUCUGACUGUAUUACCGGCAGUCCUGUACGUAGUGGUUAGAAGGUCUGAGCCUCAAAAAAGGCACCAAGCAUUCAGUAUUUCAAGUCACACACUGAGUCUACAGAAUAUUAGCCCCUCGGCUCUCACUCAGACAUGACUGUGUUUUUUUCCCCCACUCUCUGUAUAAGAGAGAACAUCCCAUCAGAUCCAGGUUGUCCUACCAGUUAAAUAUAUACACCUACCAGAACGUGACAGGAUUUUGCUCGGUGCACCUUUGGUCCACUGGGUCAGCGCGUAAUUCACUACCUUUGUAGCUGAUUGGCAUGUUAGAAAUCCAUUCAAAUUACUCAUAUUUCGUUUUUUAAUUAGUUUAUGCAAAUAGUGCUUCAGAAAACUGAACUGAAAUGCUGGAAAUAUUAAUUGAUUAAUAUACCACGGUAGUUAAAGUCAGCAGUCUGUGUGAAAACAGAAGUGUGAUCAGUUUUAUUUGUCCUGAGUGUAUCUUACUUGGUAACCAUGCAGCAUUUCAUAUGGGAGAAGGAUUCUGCAGUUUUAUUGAAAAGGUCCUAACAUUUUGUAUACUCAGUACUCAGUAUUACAGAUCACUCACAGAUUCACCGAGGGGAUAUAACAGAAAUAUCAACAACAGUAAUGAAUCCUUUCCAUUAUGAUGAGAAAACUUUUAUAGUUCUAAAUGGUUGUGCUAUAUUAUAGCAUUUCAGAGUAGAUGUAUUCCUUGUUAAACCAAAAGUGAACACGUGCUGUUUUUAAAAACAAAUUGUUUUGAUGACAAACAAGACAAGAAUAUGUGUUGAAAAACCAUCAUCAGUGGGUCAACAUGUUGCAUUAACUACAGAAACUUUAUUCCAUCUGUGGGUGUAACAUCGGUCCAUGUAGCGUCUGUCAUACAGACAAGACUACUGUUAGUUUCCUUUUGCUAUUGCAACUGUACAUAGUCACAUUUUUUACUGAACGUGAGCUUUGUGUGUCUGUUUUUCAACCAGGAAGUUGAAAUAUAAAGGUUUGUAUUUAA